AUGGCUUGUUUAGCAGCUGCGUAUCAUGCACUGUACCGAUUAGAUGAAGCAGAAAAAUUGAAGCUGGAAGUGUUGAAGGCAAGAAAGAAGAUACAGGGCGAUAAACACCCCGCAACGUUGAUGGCUGUAGCCAAUUUGGCUGCGACUUAUGUUAGGCAAGAGAGGUUGAAUACAGCAGUUGACCUCGUGGUACCACUAGUCGCAGCAAGGAAGGAGGUGCUAGGUGAACGUCAUAGAGAUACUUUGACCACCUUGCUAAUCUUGACAAACAUCUAUAUCAAAAAGAGCAUGUGGGACGAAGCAGAAGAUGCUUGCAUUCAAGUUAUUGAAGGAAGAGUAUCAGUUCUACCGUUAAAUCAUCCACACACGAUCUGGUCAAAGGCGCACCUUGCUCUCAUUUACCAUCAUCAAGGGCGACUCAAUGAAGCUUCAGCAGUGUGUGAGGACGUCAUAUUGGCUCAAGAGGAGGUACGAGGUAGCGAACAUGAAGAAACGCUGCUGAGCAUCCACAAUCUUGCACUCGUGCGAAAAUCCCAAGGCCAAGCUGAACUUGCGUUUCAACUAAUGACAAGAGCGCGCGAUUCGCGCAGGAAAACACUCGGUCAAUGUCACUAUAGAACCCUCGAGUCUGAUCGAGCCUUACAGAGAUGGCAGCUCUCAGCGACAGGGGAAGCUACACAAGAGAGAAAUUCUCGCUACGCAGGGGAUAUCGUGUAG